AUGGAGACCUACUACGGCCACGUCCGCACCCCGGCGGACGCAAUCAUUCUAUUCGAGGCUUGUCGCAUUGGCCUGCUUCCACGAGUGCAAAGACGACUCUCAGAAAAAGAGCGACAAUCGAUUCGAUCGGGCUCGGUAUUUGUCUGGGAUGAACGAGAAGCUGGCAUGCGGAGAUGGACCGAUGGGAAAUCAUGGAGCGCCAGCCGAGUAUCAGGCAGUUUUCUGACCUAUCGCGAAAUGGAGGGCAAACGUGGAGGGGGUAGUGUCUCACAAAGUUCGGUAUCAAGGACGGGGAAAUCACCAGAGAGCAGGGGUAGUGACGACGAUCGGGGGGACGGUACAGAUGAGGGCCCAGAUGGCUACCGAUAUAAGCCUGACGGUUUGAUGAAGCAGUCCUUCAGUAUCACCACUUCCACUGGCCAGCACCUUCACCUCAUCAGUUACUACUCGCGUUCGCACCCUUCUGCCGCCAACCUGCAACAACCAACGACCGAUCCCGCUUUGCGACAUGUGCGACCCCAGAAGGGCCUGUACCCUGAGUCAACGGUCAACGACCAACAGAACCUCCCUGUUGUUACCCGCGGCCCGAUGGCCGGCGCAGCGGCGUAUCCCAUCACCCCUCACCCGAUGGGCGCCUAUGCUGCGCGCGCUACUCAUGCCCCCUCAUACACGCCGCCAUCCUAUGCCUGGCCCCCCCACCCCGCUUGCAACCCCGCCUACCGUGGCCUAUCAGCGACAAACGGCCCACCGGGACCUCCAGGGCCUCCGCCAUAUGGGCACCCGCAACAUCAACCACAACCUCACUCCCUGCCGCCACCUCCCCACGGUAUGCCAGGCCCAUAUGAACGACCUGUCCAUGUCGAACCUGCUCAUGCCGCUGCUCCGCCAUCCAUCGUCCCUCAAGGAUACCCUGGACGUUCACCACGAACAAUGCACGAGCUCCCACCUCAACAGCAAAAAAGCCCGCGAUAUGCAGCCGUCCCAGACCCUCGAAUGGUUUCGCCCCGAGUUGCAGCAGGCGCCAUCCAGCCAUCCAGUGUGAUGGCUCACAAUAGUCCUCACCUACUGAAGCAAACCCCGCCCAUCGCUCCGCAACAGCUUGGCCCCAUCGGCACAUCACCGAAGCCAGCUGAAGGCAAUGGCGUGCCCGGGAUCGGUGCCUUGGUGAGCGGGACAUCGCUUGCCCCCAUUACUACGAUGGGCGCUCCUACUGGUGCCCCGGGAAGCCCACCUGGUUCUCGCCCGGGCGUUCGAGAUAUCCCUCAUGAGAAAAUCGGGUUUGGCGGAGAGGAUACGAGGGCACUGCGCCAGCUGGACCGGGUAUUCAUCUGA